AUGGCUAAGCAGACUUGGCUUAUCACCGGCUGUUCGAGUGGCUUCGGCGAAGAAUUUGUUCGCCAAUUGACCGCCCAAGGAGACCACGUCAUCGCCACCGGUCGUAAUGCGGAGACACGGCUGGCACACCUGAAGGACACUGGCGCAAGCAUACUAGACCUUGACGUUACCGCUCCGCAAGCCGAAAUAGAUGAAAAGUUCCAACAUGCGUUAGAAGUGUACGGCACAGUCGACGUUCUCGUCAAUAACGCAGGCUUCAUUCAGUGCGGGGCCGUCGAAGAGAUAACUCAGGAGGAAUUACAGCUCUCCAUCGAUACUCAUCUACAUGGACCCCUCAACCUUACGCGUUCCGCUCUCCCACAUUUCCGAGAGAGAGGAUCUGGCUGGUUGGUUUACAUGACCUCUCAGUCGGGGUUUGUCGGCGAGCCAGGGGGUACCGGGUACUGUGCUAGUAAAUUUGCCCUCGAAGGUGCGGUGGAGAGUCUAUCGAAGGAGCUGGCGUGGCUUGCGCCAGGUAUUAAGCCGCUGAUCAUCGAGUCCGGCAUCUUUAAUACCGAAGUAAUGCGCAACAUCCACCACGCAGACUCCCGCGUUCCGUUCUGGAAACCGCUAAACGACGCAGCACGCAUACGUGGACAGGGAAACUAUCAAAAUCCUCCCGGUAACGCUGUCGAGAUGGUCUCCAAAGUUAUCCAGAUUGUGAAAGGGACAGGAGUCGCCGAAAAUAGGGAGAUACCGCUACGUAUCCCGUUUGGGAGCGACUGCUUGGCUGCGUUCCGCGAGAAGCUACAGACUCUGCAGAAGACAUGCGACGAAUGGGAGAGCGUGGCCAAGAGUACCGAUUUCGCAGGCGCAGGGCCACCACUGCCAGACAUACCAAAGAAUGAAACAUCUUGA